AAUGGAGCACUAAACGGCCUGAAUUUGGCAACAGUGUUCCUCGAUCACGGGGGGGUCAACUAUUCCUCUCCUACCCCACAAAGUGCCAACGAGACUGGCAUUUAUAAAGAAAAGUAGAAGUGCUGCACCUUUGCGCAGCGGCCGCCUUUAGCUGAACGGUCCCCUCUGAGUGCACAAAGGCAGCUGCUGGAGGAACUGUUCAGCGCGAGAGACGAGCGCUGAGAGGCGUAAUAAACAACCUCCGGCUAGCUACAGACAGGGACGCGGACUCGAAGUAGCUCCCCGGCCCAAGCCCGUAGCUUUACUCAGUGAAACCGGAUUCCAUCGUCAGGUUAAGACUUCUACAGGUGUUUGGGUAGAGAGAGAGCAGCAUGGUGAAGGCCAAAUCCGCUCCGAGGAAGACCUCUCAGCAACACACGAAGAGUUCCAGCAGGAUGGAAGUGGAGAUGGAGGAGAUCCUCCAGGACGAGCCCCAACCUGAACCUGAGAGCCAUGUUACCAGAGACCAGUGCUGCCAGACAGACGAGCCACAGCCCAGCAGCCCUAACCCAAUGACUGACCUUAACCCUGGCCCUGACGCAGCCCCCAGGACACCAGGGUACUGCGUGGAGCCAGGCGACCCUCCUCUGUUGCAGCAGCAGCUCCAGACCUCCAAGUCAGGCAUCCAGCAGAUCAUAGAGGUCUUCCGCUCAGGUACUGCCCAGCUGAAGCACAUGCUGCUGAAUGAGGUGGACACCAUCUUUGAGUGUAAGACAUGUCGCAGCUUGUUCCGGGGCCUGCCCAACCUCAUCACCCACAAAGAGUACUACUGCCUCACCAGACUGUCCAAGCCCGACGAUCCAGCGGGCGAGGGUGACAAGCAGAGCGUGGCCAUGAAGGACCUCCUGGAGACCAUCUACCCCAGGAAGGACCGUCCGGACUACGUGAUGCGCCUGGAGCCAAUCCAGACCUCCAAUAACGCUGUGUUCCAGUUCCUGUCCUCCUCCGAGGAGCUGGCCCACUUCCCCCGGGCUCCACACACCCCUGGAGGGACCCGCACACACAGCCCUGGAGGGACCCGCACACACAGCCCUGAGCCCUGGGAGGAGCAGGGAGGGACGCCGGAGAAUGGGCAGACGGGAGAGGGGGAGGAGAGGAGUGACCAGGAGGAGGAGGAGGGAGGAGAGGAGGCGGCGCAGCCCGAGGAGGAGGGGUCUACGAGCGGGGUGGAGGAUGUUACCAUCUCGUGCUGCCUGUGUGGUAAGGACUUCAACUCUCGCCGCAGCAUCCGCCGCCACUGUCGCAAGAUGCACCAGACCAAGCUGGAGGAGCUCCGGAAGUUCACUGAGAUGCGCACCGUUCCCAUCAGCCUCCUCUCCAUGGUCAAAGGUCGGUCCCGCCCCUUGCACACGCCCAGCGGCAAGUCCUGCCCCGUCUGCUUCAAGUCCUUCGCCACCAAGGCCAACGUGCGGCGCCAUUUUGACGAGGUGCACCGAGGCCUGCGCCGGGACACCAUCACGCCGGACAUCGCCACGCGCCCCGGCCAACCGCUGUCCCUGGAGGCCACGCCUCCCGGCAAGAGCGCCAACUCCUCCCCCACGAGAGGUCACACCCCAAAUAGCGGAGGAGCCGCGGGUGUUACCACCCCUCAGCCCCCCAAAGCCUCCAUCGCGGUGCCCCCCGCCCCUUCUCUCCUGACAUCGGCCCUGUACAACCUGGCCUCCUGCCGCUGUCUGCUCUGCAAGAGGAAGUACAGCUCCCAGGUCAUGUUAAAGAGACACAUGCGCAUCGUCCACAAGAUCUACAAUCUCAAGAACCUCAAGAACGUUAGCUCCGCCUCCAUGACCACGGCCGCAACCACAUCCACGGCGAGCAACAAAAACAACAGCAGCAAAACAACGACCAACACUGACAGCACCCCUAGCAACAGCACCCCUAGCAACAGCCUGAGCGUGAAAGAGGAGGCGCCGGAACCCUGGGACGACCCUGACUCCAGCCCCGCCUCGUCGCCUGGCGACACGGAUAGGAAGGGCGUCGCCGUGGCAACCAAGGCAGGUCAAAAGAUCAAAGAGGAAGAGGGUGGCGGCAGCCCCAAGACAUGGACUCGUUCCACGUCCAUCAACAGCACCGGUGGUACUAGUAGUGGGACUCUUGGGAGACCCCCUCAAAAGCUCUCGGUGGGGUUCGACUUCAAGCAGCUGUUCUGCAAGCUGUGCAAACGUCAGUUCAGCUCGCGCCAGAACCUCACCAAGCACAUCGAGCUGCACACGGACGGCACGGACAUCUUCAUCAAGUUCUACCGCUGCCCGCUCUGCCGAUACGAGUCCCGCCGCAAGCGCGACGUCCUGCGCCACGUGACGGUGGUGCACAAGAAGUCGACGGGCUACCUGGCCAAGAUCGUGCCCAAGCUGGAGUCGCGUGCGGUCAAGCGGCCGGCUGAGGUGGUCCUCAACUCUCCCCCCAAUGCCAACAACAACAAGAGAGGAGGAACAACGGUCAAGGAGGAGGUGAACGGGUGCCACUCGGCCCCCUCUCCCCCUACGCCCCCAGUCACACGCAAACAGGAGCUCCUCAACAACUCCUCCUCCUACCCAGUCACACGCAAACAGGACCUCCUCUCCUCCACCUCCUCCUCCACUCCGGUCACUCGUAACCAGGAGAGACAGGAGAGGCAGCAGGAGGCCCAAACCGGGUCACCUGUCACCCGUAAGAACGACAAACAACACCCCGACACCCCCGCCCCGACGCCCCUCCACACGCGUCGCCAUGACGCCCACCAGGAGAGCAGCAGCAGUAGCUCAGAGGUGCGUGUCACCAAGAACUUCUCGCUCCACGCGUGUGACGUGUGCGGCCGGGCCUUCGCCAAGAAACUCUACCUGGAGUCCCAUAAGAGGAGCCACCGGAACGCCACGCCGCCCGGCGGUGCCAGGGCUAAGGGGGUCAGCACUCGGUCCAAGGCAAUGCUCUGAUCCCCAGUCUCGUCUCACUCCUGGUUCUUGGGAGCCUCCAUCCUGAGAGGAGAGACUUAACGGAUGAAGGAGCACCGCUAACGAUGAUGAAGCAAGUAGCUGGACUGGAAAAGUGGUGGAAGCGAAACAGGGAGAGAGAGGGGAAGGGGUGAAAGAAGGGGAGACUUCACAUCUAAGGGACCAAAAGUAUUGUUGGAAUCCCGCACUAGAAGGAGGGAUGGGAGCCAACGCGAUGCCAGAGGAGUGGAGUCAGUGGACACUCAAGGAGCCAUCUGUGGAGGCACUGAUGCUAUCACACUGCUGUGUGUAGGUUACCAUCACUGUAUGUACAUGUAGAUCCAUAUAUAUACACACACCUGAACCUGGUCUAGACCUGUGCCUGUAUAAACCUUAGGGGCGGGGAGAGAAGAGGGCAGGGCUGGGAGUGCUCUUAGCACACCAUAGAUAUCCCAUAUCUGACCAGUAGAGGGUGCUCCUGUUCUGCUUUAUAGGAUUAGACUUUUAAGGUAGGGCUCUCCAACCCUGUUCCCGGAAAGCUACCCUCCUGUAUGUUUUCACUUCAACCCCAGUAGUAUCUUACCUGAUUCAUCUUAUCAACUAGCUAAUUAUUAGAAUCAGGUGUGCUAGAUUAGGGUUGGAGUGAAGCUACAGGACGGUGGCUCUCUAGGGACAGGGUUGGAGAGACCUCCCCUGUGUAUGUUGUGAAGUUGUCCCAGCCCGAGCCAGCGGUAGUAAUGUUAGUGGUUUAUUUCCCCAGAUCAUAGUAAGCUAUCCAUCCACUGGGAAGGACUCCAUACUAACUCAGUUCAUCCAGAUAGGAUUUAGUUUUUCUGUCAUUCCAAGAGAUAUGGUUUGGGUGAUUAACUGACAGAGAAAGACAAGUAGGUAGCUGACCAGCGAUGCUCUGGCACAUUGAAGAGAUGGUGACCAUUGAUUGAUUGAUGAGUGGCUAUGGCUGACUUUUUUUUCACUAAUUGGACUUUUGACCAAUCAGAUCGGCUCUGAAAAAGCUCCGAUAGGCAAUUCUAAUGAAACUAAAAAAUAAAAAAUGAAUUUGGGCGUAAUUUUCCCUGGAAUUUCCUCUUGAAUCACUGAGAUUAGGAUCUGUGCUUAUCUAUUUCAUCAUUAUUAUACUUUUUUAAUCAGAUAUUAUGCAUUUGACCAACCUUUUCACAAAACUCUCAUUACCGUAACAGUUUUCGAAGUCCCAAAAAGUUAUAUAUAUAUAUUUCUAAUAUUUGUUAAUAUUGCUCCCCUAAUGACAAGGCCUGAGUUAAACAUAACACUGAGAAUUUUUAUAUUUCAAAUGAAAUUGUACAGUUAUUAUAAAAUGAAAUCCGACAACCCAAUUUGAGUUCUUUAGCUGAUUUGGUAAUUACAGUAAUGAAACACGUCCUCAGACACUGUGUUUGUAUGUAAUAAAUAUUAUAGUUUAAUGUAAACUUAAACUAGUAAUCAAUUUUUAUGAUUUAUGGACAAAUGUAUGAUAUAUGUACAGCAACAUAGUUUGUGUUAGGUUUUCUAAAGAAAACAUUUAUAAUGACCUGAGAAUUUACUCCGGACACGUUUCGGGAAAUUAGAAUUUGGGGUGAAAAUGUACAAAAUUCAGGGAAAAUGUUACAUUUACUUUCCCAAUAACUAGAUAUCUUAGUCCUCAGAAUGAUAGUUAAUUUUUGCAGAUGCAUCAUGGUUUUGUAACUCAAUUUGCUACAGACUUUAAAAAAAAUGGUUUCAUGAAAAUCAUGACGUGAAAAGAUCCCAUUGGUCAAAAAAACAAUUGGUGAGAGGGAAAAAAUCUGAAUUUGGCUGCCUGUGUAAACAUAGCCAUAGUAACAGACCAAAUGUACAAUGUCUUGUUCAGUCAGAAAGCUAUGGCACAAUAGAAAAGAAACAGACCAAAUUGUAUUUUUCUAACGGAAAAGCUUGUUAAACUAUCAUAUGGAUGGUAUAAACAAUAGAUUUAUUGGCAGAUGUAUAGGCGAUGUAUAGUCUUUGUUUGAAUCUCCCUGAAAAGUAGAUAUAUUGUAUAGCCUACUGUUGGUUACAUAUGCUCCAGUAACUCUGAAUAGUGAGAGAUUUUGUUUUCCUCUAUUUGUUCAAAGCACUGAAGAAUCUGUUACGUUCAGACUCUCACUCAUAUGACUGUGUCAAAACCAGAUGGUGAAAUGACGUAGAGAGUUUUCUUUCUUUCUUUAAAGGAGAAGAUGUGUGUUUUAGCGGCACAUCUGUGACCGAGCAGAAGGGAAACGAAGUGAUUUUCCUUUUCAAGACUGAUUUUCCUUAUUUGUCAUCUACAUUCAGAUAUAAAAGAGUGGAGACAUUUUUCCAGGCCUACUAACUAACCUAAAGCACCUCCGUAGGAUAAGGAGAAGAGUAGAUCAGUUAGGUUUUCUGUUGAAAAUAAUGUAACCCAUAAAUCCAUCCUGAAGAAAUCAACUGUUACCCCAAUAAUAAACAGCCCA